AGAGGGAAGAGAAGAUAAAAAAAAAAGAUCAUUCACCCUGACAGAGCUUGAUGCCCAACCCCUGGUCACCAGUGGUUGUCAAUUAAAUAUAUCAGUCAUCAGAUCACCAGUGAUCGGUGAUCAGCAUUCAAGUGCAUUGACAUGACACAACAAAUAAAUAAUAAUUAUAUAAAUACGAUUAUGGUUUAAUAAAUACAUUAUAGUUUGUACAGAUCGUAGUUGGGACAAAAUGGGACAGGGAACCGAGUGUGCAGAUCGUCCAGCAGAAGUCAGUGUCAUUAGAUUUGUAUCCAGGAAUCGUACUAUCGAGGAAAUAGCUCCCAAAAAGGAAAUUUACACAUGCAAGCAGCAGGGAUGCGGUAAAAUAUUUACAAAUCAAGAUGAAUACAAAACCCACGAAGCUCUGGAGGAAUUAAAAAUCCGCUUCAUCUGCCGGGAACCGGGAUGCGGAAAAGAAAUGUCCGACCCAGGUACAAUGUGGCGACACUACCAAGAGUAUCACAGCAAUGAGACGAGCAAUAUAUUUAUCUGUCCCUACACAAGUUGCGGCGGGUCAAUACACACGAGUAACGACAACUUGGAGCAACAUAUUGAGAGUUCUCACCGUCAUCCUCUGGCUCUAAUUCCCACAGAACCGGAAAUAAUUUGCUUUGAAGGCCCCGCCAGUACCACCAGUUCAACGACAACAGGAAAUUUAGAUGACGAGGAAAAUAAUCCGAAUGAUAAUUCUAAGGAUGAUGAAUUUGAAAUGGAGAAAAAAAAUAUAAUAAACAAAUCGAACGAUGGUAUGAAAAAAAAUAUAAAUUAUAUUAGCAAUUACUCACCGAAAGACGACGAUAGACUGAUGAUACAAGAAAAUAACGACGCAAAUCAGUAUGACGCUCGUAAUAUGUGCAAUAAUUCAGCCAAAUUAUAUAUCACUAGUGACGAUAGUAUAUUUAAAAAUAACGAUUACGAUAACAAAGACAGCGAAGUCAAACUACAGGAGCACAGAAUAGAUCUGGGGAACCUGGAAAAAGUAUUCAGAAGUGGAUUCGAGGGCAACAGAACUAAAAUUGAGUCGAGUAUUGACAGCAGCUGCUCAAAUACAACUGCAACUACGACUACUGCUGGCACUCCGACUGCUGGCAGUGAUGAUGAUGAAGAAUACACACCCAAGAAACAAAGAAUGUCUAGAUGUAAGCAAGAAUUGCCGUACAAAUGUGACGUAAAUGGUUGCGGUAAAAUGUACAAGUACAUAUCUCACUAUCGACAUCACCAGGACAGUCAUAAAGUCCAGGAACAAACAAAUAAGGAAGCUAGCAAAUUAGUUAAGACUAACAAAAUAAAACAGCAGCAGCAGCAGCUGCAACAGCAACAGGGUAAAGCGUCAACUGUUAGCUUUUUUUUAUGUAAAAUUCCUGGUUGUGGAGCUCAAGUGAACAACGUUACUAGUCUAUGGAAACAUUAUCAAGAUAAUCAUGCCAACAAUACAAAGCCAGGAAUCGUACAAUCCCAAAUAAAAAGCAAUCAAUUAUUCCGAUGUAAAAUAUUAAAUUGCGAUAUGGAAUUUCGUACAAGUGUCCAUCUGUACAAACACUUGAGUGACGUACACUCAGUAAAUCCAAAUUCAAGAACAGGAAAUGUUAUUGGGACGUUAUUAUCUGAUAGUAACAACACCGGAAGUAACAACACUAACGGAAAGACUGAUGAGGAUUGUAGUUUACGAUUUAUAGAUAAUGAUUUGCAACAGAAUGAUAAUAAUAUUACGAUGAAUGAUAAAAAUUUAAAGACUGAUUUUAAAGCCAAUUGCAAUGUUAUUAAUAUCAAUAGUUAUGAUAAUAAUGAUAAUGAGGAACGCAAGUCUUCCUCAUUGAUAUCGAUGGCUAUCAAAGAAGAGUCGCGUGAUUGAUUAGUUUAAUUUAAUUAUUUAAUUAUUAAUAAUAAUAAUAAAAGUUAUGAUCCUGAGGUUAACAGACAAUUAAAAAUUUUUGGAUUUUUUUUUUAAUAAAUCAAAUACAAAAAAAAAAAUAAAAAUAUGCACAUGUAGAAAAUUUAAAAGACUACAAGUGCAAUUUUUCAAAUAUUUUUAUUUUUAUUAUUUAUCGUUUUGAAAAAAAUUCAAAUAUUAUUAGACGUGGGGUAACUUCAGUAUCAUACAAAAGUUAUGACUUUUAUUCAUUACUUUAUAAUAUUACUGCCAGUAGAAAUUUUUAAAAACUUGUUCGUAGAAAUAUCGUAAAAUUAAAUUAUUAAAUUUCAAAUGCAAUGAUCUCUUUAUAAAUAAAUUGUAUAUUAAUAUAUAUAUUAGGGCGGCACAAAAAAAAUGAUAGUGAAGCUGGAUGACUUAUGGUAAUUUUUGGAUUUUUUUUUUGGAUGACAAAUUAUAAAAAAAAAAUAUUUGAAAAAAUUGCAUAUGUAGUUUUUUAAAUUUUCUACGUGUGCAUUUUUGGUUUUUAUUUUUUUGUUGAUUUGGUCGAGUCACUGGAAGCUAAAAAAUUUUCAGGAAAUUAAAAAAAAAUUUUGUGUCGCUGUAAUAUAUAUAAAUAUAUGAAUAAAUACUACUUCCGUCAGUGGCCUAGUCACAGGUCAUUUUAAAAUGCUUCUUAAAACUUACUGUAGCAAUAUUAAUAUGUAUUAUUAUUGAGAGAAAUGGACAUUGAUAUAUAUUAUAAAUAUAUACUGAAAAAAAAUUAUUUGUUGGCGCGAGAAUUUCCUAUGGACUUUAAAAAUUUCUUGACAAGAAAUUAUUUAUUGUCCGGAAAAUUUUUUCUUGGCUCAAUAAAAUUUUCACUGUCAUUUCAUAAGACAAAUAAUUUCUUAGGACAAGAAUUUCUUGAUGCAAAAAAUUGUUACUCUGCUCAAGAAAUUUUUUUCAUUAUUAAGGGAAAGGGUCUGAGAUACAGAAAAAGAGGAUAUGUGAUUUUUUUUUCAGAGUACGUUCGUUAUUAAAAUUCUCAAAAUUUGUGACAUUAUUAAGUGAUAUUCCAAGAAUAUUCUGUGAAAUUUUCAUAAAAAAAUAUGGAAAAAUAAGCCAGUGGUAGUGGGGAGAGACGAGUCACUUAAAAAAAGUUUCCAUGUCGUAGGCAGGAUAACUCAUGACUGUCUCAUCUGAAAUAAAAAAACCAAAAAGAUUUCUUUAGUACAUGAGUUUAUCUUGGAUUUGAACGUCGGAAUAAACAAAAUAUUCAUUUUUGAAUUUUUGCUAAAGGUGCAAUCAAAAAACUCUGAUUUUUCCCUAAAAUUCUUCCUUUUGUUUAAUUAAAAAAUAAGUAGUUAUUGAAAAAAAAAAAUCCUUCGUUCAAAUCCAAGAUUAACUCAUGUACUAAAGAAAUCUUUUUGGUUUUUUUAUUUCAGAUGAGGCAGUCAUGAGUUAUCCUGCCUACGGCAUGGAGACUUUUUUUAAGUGACUCGUCUCUCCCCACUACCACUGGCUUAUUUUUCCAUAUUUUUUUAUGAAAAUUUCGCAGAAUAUUCUUGGAAUGUCACUUAAUAAUGUCACAAAUUUUGAAAAUUUUAUAAUGAACGUACUCUGAAAAAAAAAUCACAAAUUUCCUCUUUUCUGUAUCUCAGACCCCUCUCCCUUAAUUAAAACCAAAAACUUUCUUGCGUCAAUAAAUUUUUUCGUGUAUCAUUAAGUGUAAUUUUAAUUACGUAAUUACGCAAACUCACCUAAUAUUUAAUUUUUAGUUAAAAAAAAUACCCACAGUAAUGUAUAAUAAUUAACCAAUUAAUUCACAUAAAUUAGCUAAUUACUGUAAUUAAAAAACAUAUACAUAUUUUUUCCAAAAUAUAUUACUGUGGGUAAGACGAAAGGAAAUCGAAUCAAAAAUCAAAUAUAUAAUUAAUUUAAAUUACAAUUAAAAUUUAUUUAGAUGGCUGCGUAAUUACUCUUUAUUUAAGUAAUUAAGUCAUUAAUAUUACAAUUACAUAUAUAUACAUAUAUAUAUGACUCGAAAGACUUUUUAAUCUAGAGUAAAAAUUGUUGACGUGUAAAUUUAUAAAAUAAUUU